AUGCAAUUGGAAAUUGAAAUAAGAUGUAAUAUAAUUAUAAGUGACAUAAAUAAAAUCAUAAUAAUGUAUAGAUUAAUGCAUCAUCAAAAAUUUAUUUUUCAAAAUCGAAGGAUUUUACCUUUUACAUAUACUUGUAUACGAUAUAAAAUACAAAUACAACAAAAAAAAAAGAUAGAAAAACGUAGAAUAUCUAACAUCAAAGAAUAUUGGUUUAAUAAAUAUAUAAAUUAUAUUAAAAAUUAUGAUAAAGUAAUGGAAAAAAGAUUUCCAAAGACAAUGCAUGUAUAUCGUAUAUUUAGUAUCGGUACUAAAGAUUUUAUUCAAGAUACAAAAAAAUUUAUCCAAAUAAAGACAAAAAAUAUUGAUACUUUAACUACUGAUGAAUUACAAUUAUCAUAUACAGUGCAUAAAGAUAUUGUAAAGUUAUUUCCUGUUUUAUUAAUAUCUGCUCUUCCUUUUACAAAUUACAUCAUCUUUCCUUUAGCAUAUUACUUUCCAAGAUAUCUUUUAACUUCUCAUUAUUGGACAUUACAACAAAAACUUGAAUUUAUGCUAUUGGAUCAUAAAAAAAGAUUAAAACAUAACAGACCAUUAUUUAGAUGCAUGCAAGCAGAACUUCAUAAUAUUAAAGAUCACAAAUUGAAAUUAAAAUGGAGUGGUAUUAUUGCAUGUCUUGGCAGUGGUACACAUCCUAAUGUGAAAGAUAUUAUUGCCUGUUCUGAAUUAUUUGCAAAUGAACCAUUUUCAUUAAAUAACCUUAAAAGGAAACAUAUAAAAGAAUUACUUGGUAUUCAUAAUAUAUCUUCUUGGAAACUUUUUAAAAGAAAGAAAUUGAAAGAACGGAGUAUAUUGAUAAAACGAAUGGAUCAAGCUCUACAAAGAGAAGGUGGAACUACAACAAUGUCAAAUGAUGCAAUACGCUGGGCACUUUCAUUUAGAGGUGUAAAUCCUGCAAAUAUGUCUUUAGAGAGUAUGAGAAAUUGGCUUGAACAAUGGUUUAUAAUAUCAAAUACAGUUAAUGAAAACACACUUUCAUUAUUAUUACAUUGUCCAAUAUUGUUGGCAUACAAUCAUCCUACUAACUGGAUUCUUAUAUACAGUUAAAACUGCUAUUAAAUUUGUUUUUUAUUAUAAAAAAAUAUAAAAAUUGUAAUAAUACAAAGCUUAAAUAUUUAUGUUUGAAUAAUUUGUAUAAAUUAUUUUAAAUGAUAUUAUUUAAUUUCAAUUUUUAUUAUUAUAUUAUUUUUUAACAUAUAUAUGUUGUGCAUAUAUACACAUAAUAAUACAUAUGUACAUGUGUAGAUGUAUGUAUAUAAAAUGUAUUUGUCAGAAUAA